GUGCCCAAUAAGCAGUUCGCUGCGCAUCUUUGAGUACAUAGCUUGCUGCAUUCAGUUAGAGCAUUUGUUGUGCAAAAUACGAGUACCUGUUCCUCCAACCAUGUCUAGGUCUGUGGAGCCUCUCAUAGUCGGUCGGGUGAUUGGAGAAGUUCUUGACUCCUUCAACCCAUGUGUGAAGAUGAUAGUGACCUACAACUCAAACAAGCUUGUCUUCAAUGGCCAUGAGAUCUACCCAUCAGCAGUUGUAUCUAAACCAAGAGUAGAGGUUCAAGGGGGUGAUUUGCGAUCUUUCUUUACAUUGGUGAUGACAGAUCCAGAUGUCCCAGGGCCAAGUGAUCCAUAUCUAAGGGAGCACCUUCACUGGAUCGUGACUGAUAUACCUGGUACAACAGAUGCCUCCUUUGGGCGAGAGGUCAUAAACUACGAGAGCCCAAGACCUAGCAUUGGUAUCCAUAGGUUCAUUUUUGUGCUCUUCAAGCAGAAGCGCAGGCAAACUGUAACUGUGCCAUCUGUCAGGGAUCAUUUCAACACCCGGCAGUUCGCUGAGGAAAAUGACCUUGGUCUCCCUGUAGCUGCUGUCUACUUCAAUGCACAGAGAGAAACUGCUGCUAGGAGACGCUGAAAAUUCCAGACCUCAUUUGUCCACCUGAUGAUAAACAAGGGCCUUCUGCUCUUCUUUCUACGAAGAAAAUGAUCUUAUUCUACAUUACCAUAUAAAUAAACCGGAUGCACUUUGCAGAUUGUAUUAGUAUUAGAUUGUUUCCUAAGUGGCAAGAUUGAGAAGUAUGAAUGAUCAACGCUUGUGGUCAAAUUUCAUGUAUAAGGAAAUUUAUCACUGAAAGUACCAGGGUUGGUUGA